AUGCUCCAGGGUGGCUCAGGGGGGGCCGGGGAUGGUUUUGCAGUGGAGAAGAUCCAGGCGAUGUUCACGGUCCUGGGAGCCUUCGGGUCGGUGACCACCAGCCACAGCAGCAGCUCCACGCGCUUCUCCAUGGUCCUGUCGCUGGAUUUCAGUGCCACCGGCCGCAUAACUGGGGCUCACCUCCAGACCAUGCUGCUGGAGAGGAGCCGCGUCACCCAGCAGCCCCACGGAGAGAGCACCUUCAACGUCUUCGCCCUGAUGCUGGCGGGGCUGGACACGGCACACAGGACGAUGCUGCACUUGCACCAGGCGGCUGAGAGCAACUCCUUUGGGAUCAAACCGCUCUCAAAGCCCGAGGAGAAGCAGAAAGCCUCGGCGGCCUUCGCCCAGCUCCGGGCUGCCAUGGCCACGCUGGGCAUCACGGCGGAGGAGCAGGCGGCCGUCUGGCGCGUCUUGGCCGGCAUCUACCACCUGGGAGCCGCCGGCGCCUGUAAAGUUGGCAGGAAGCAGUUCAUGAAAUUCGAGCAUGCGAGCAACGCCGCAGAGGUGCUGGGCUGCGACCUGGAGGAGUUCACCACCGCCGUCUUCAAACACCACCUGAAGCAGAUCCUGGCGCAGGUCACGGCACGGGGCCCCCGGCUGUCCCCGGCAGAGGAGAGCCCGGCAGGGCCAAAGAUGACGGGUGUGGAGUGCGUGGAGGGGAUGGCUGCGGGUCUCUACGAAGAGCUCUUCGCCGCCGUCGUCUCACUGAUCAACAGGUCUUUCUCCUCCCAGCACCUCUCCAUGGCCUCCAUCGCGGUGGUGGACACCCCCGGCUUUCACAACCCACGGCACCAGCGGGGCGAGCGAGCGGCGACCUUCGAGGAGCUUUGCCACAACUACGUGCACGAGCGGCUGCAGGCUCUCUUCUACGAGAAAACCUUUGUUUUGGAAAUGGAGAGGUACAGAGAGGAAAAUGUUGAGGUGUCUUUUGAUCUUCCAGAGCGCUCUCCCCUGGCCACGCUGUCCGUCAUCGACCUGAGCUCCUCACAGCCGCAGGCGCUGCCCAGCAGCCCGGGCGCCGAUCGCAGGGGGCUGCUGUGGAUCCUGGACGAGGAGGUGCUGAUCCCGGGCUCCGGGGACGGCGCCGCCUUCGACCGCCUCUGCUCCUACUUCGCCACCAAGGGACCCGAGCAGGAGGAGGACGGCUGCAUGCGCAGGUGCGAGCAGGCGCUGAACUUUGAGAUCUCCCACCAGCUGGGCACGGACCCUGUGCGCUACGACCUCACGGGCUGGGUCAGCAAAGCCAAGCUCAACCUCUCGGCACAAAACGCCAUCCAGGUGCUGCAGCGCUCCAAGGUAGACGCCGUGAAGGAGCUGGUGCUGCCGCGCUCGCGGGCGCCGCUGCCCUGCCGCGCUGUGGCGGGGCUGGAUGGACGCUCCCAGGCCGCCCUGCACCGCAACGCCUGCGUGAGGAAGACCUUCGCCAGCAGCUUCGCAGCCGUGAAGAAGUCGGUGUGUGCUCAGCUCAAACUGCAGGCGGAUGCGCUCACGAACCUUCUCCGACGCUCCCAGCUGCAUUUCAUCCACUGCCUCCUCCCGGGGACGCCCCAGGCCACCGGGGUCCCUCGGCCCCCCGCACCGCCCGACGCAGCCCCGCAGCUGGACGUGCCGACCCUGCGAGCCCAGCUGGAGGGCACCCAGCUCCUGGACGCCCUGCGCCUCCACCGCGUCGGCUAUGCGGAUCGCCUGCUGCUGACCCAGUUCCGAAGGCGCUUCCAGGUCCUGGCUCCGGACGUCAUGAAGAAGCACAGCUCUGCCUACGAGGUGCCGGACGAGAGCAAGGCUAUAGAGGAACUCUUCCAGGCGCUGGAUCUGGAGAAGAAGAGCGUGGCCGUGGGACGCAGCCAGGUUUUCCUGAAGCCAGGGGUCAUCUCCAGGCUGGAGAAGCAACGUGACAAGCUGAUAGCCCAGAAGAUGAUCCUGCUCCAGGCUGCUUGCAGGGGCUUCCUCAGCCGGCAGAAGUUCAAGAGGCUGAAGAUCCAGCGUCUCGCUGUCCGCUGCAUCCAGAAGAACAUGGUGGUCUUCCAGGCAGUCAGGCACUGGCCCUGGUGGCAACUGCUGAGCCACGUGCGGCCCCUGCUUAGCGUUAACCUUGCGGAGGAGCAGCUCCGGGCAAAAGAAGAGGAGCUGGUGGUGCUAAGAAAGAAGCUGGAAAAAUCCGAGCAGGCAUGCAGCGAGCUCAGGCAGACUGCAGAGAAGCUGGAGAGCAAGAUCAUCGACCUGACGACAGAGCUGUCGGACGAGCGGUACAAGGGCGACGUCGCCUGCCAGGUCCUGGACGGGGAGCGGGCGGAGAGGCUGCGGGGCGCCCGCGAGCUGCAGGAGCUGCAGAGCAAACACGACCAAGUGCAGAAGAAACUGGAGUCAGUGGAAAAGCAGCUGGAAGAGGCCCAGCAGCUGGUUCAGUUGCGUGAGAUGAAGAUAAGUGGCUCUGGAGGAGAGGACGAGUGGCAAGUGCGCUUCGAGUGCGCGCAGACGGAGAUCGCCUUCCUGCGGAAGCGGCUGGUGCAGCUGGAGGAGCGGCUGGAGUCCGAGCUGGGCGCCAAAAAGGGGCUCGAGCAAAAGGCAACACUUGGGAAGUCCAGUGCCAGAAGCCGCGGCCUCGGCGCAGCUCCCCGGCCGGGAGGCAGCCGCGCCGCCGGCGCAGACCCGCUCGCGAGAGGAACCUGUGCUGUCUCCUCCAGGUUUGACCUGCAGCUGGCCCAGGCGCUGGGGGAAUCCGCCUUUGAGAAGAGCCUCCGCGAGAAGGUGUCACAGGAGAACACCAGCAUCCGAUGGGAGAUGGGCAAACUUCAGCGGAGCUUAGAACAGAAGGAGGCGGAGGCGGCCAGCCUGGCGCAGCGGGGGACGGUGCUGUCCAAGCGGGUGCAGGAGCUCAGCACCCCCAGCGCCCUGGACCCCCGCACCGUGCCCGCGCUCAAGAAGCAGCUCUGGGACCUGGAGGCCAGCGCUGCCGAGCAGCGGAAAGAGCUGGAGCGGCAAACGGCCGCCGUGGAUCACCUGGAGCAGCUCCACCAGAGGCUGGAGCUGGAGAUAGAGCGGAUGAAGCAGAUCCACCAGAAGGAGCUGGAGGACAAGGACGAGGAGCUGGAGGACGUGCGGCAGUCCUGCCAGAGGAGGAUCGGCCACCGCGACUUCGAUGUGGAGAAGCGGCUGCGGCGGGACCUGCGGCGGACGCGGGCCCUGCUCGCCGACGUGCGGCUGCUGCGGGCGGCCCCCGGGGAGCCCGGCGCCGGCACCCAGGAGCUGGAGCGGCUGCGCAAGCAGUUGGAAGAGAGUGAAGCCAAGUGUGCAGAGGCCCAGAAGUCCCAGCAGACAGCAGCCCAGGAGCUGGAGAACUUGCACACGGAGCUGGAGACCCUCAGCAGAAACAAGACCCUGGUGGACGAGCAGCUGUACCAGCUGCAGCAUGAGAGAACCGACCUCCUGAAACGCAUCGAUGAGGACCAGGAAGACCUGAACGAGCUGAUGGAAAAGCACAAGGCUCUGAUAGCCCAGUCGGCAACGGAUAUCGCUCAGAUCCAGGAGCUGCAGACACAGGUGGAGGAUGCGAAGAAGGAAAAGCAGAGCCUUCAGGAGAAGCUGCAGGCAGCGCAGGCGAGAGCAGCGCGCCUGGAGCAGAGCCCGGCCGAGCGCUCCAUCGUCAGCCGUCAGGAAGCCCGCAUCCGCGACCUGGAGAGCCAGCUGGACUUCCAGACCGUGCAGAUGAAGCGCUUCGAGGUGCUGGUGCUGCGCUUGCGAGACAGCAUCAUCAAGAUGGGCGAGGAGCUGGAGAAGGCGGCCGAGUCGGAGGCGCGGGAGAAGGAGAGCACCAGGUACUACCAGAGGAGGAUGGAGGAGAUGAAGGCUGACAUGGACGAGCUGGUGCAGAGGGAGCUGGAGUCCAGCCGCCGGCGCGUGGAGCUGGAGCAGCAGCUGGCGGAGCUGGCGGCGGUGCGGCAGGUCCUGCAGGCUGACCUGGGCACCUCCAUCCGGCGCAUUGCCGAUCUGCAGGUGGCCCUGGAAGAGCUGCGGUCCAGCGACGAGAGCGAUGCCGAGAGGGACACCUGCUCCAGCGUCGGCUCCACGCUCAGCCUCGAGCCUGCAGAGAGCGUCAAGUCCUGGCCGGGAUCGUCCGUGGGCUGGUCUUCCCCGGGGGGCACCAGCGUGGCCGGGAGCCUCUCGAUGCAGUCCGUGGGGAGCCGCAGCACCCAGAGCCCCAGGGCGAGCAGAGACACCAAGGAACCAGCACCGAGCCGGCCGGCUUCUUCCCGGAGUGCUGCCAGGUCCGUCGAUGCUGCGGAUCUGGGGAGGAUGCCGAGUCCCUUGCUCGGUGCUAGAAGAUGGGAAUAUGGAAAACCUCCAGCAGACGAAGAGGAGCUGGAGAGCCCAAAAAAGCCUGUGGAUAGGAUAGGAGAGACGUCCCCGUCGGUGCUGCGGCGCGGGGGCUCCCCCGCCCCGGACAGGAGGUUCCCCAGCCCGCUGUCUCCGCGGGUGCCGAGGAGGAGGGGGCUCUCUCCGGCCGCAGGGCCGGUGCCCAGCUCAUCGGCCGCCCUCUCUGAGUACGUGGAGGAGCUGCGGCGGCAGCGGGCAGUGGAGCGGGAGCAAGGGCACCCGGUGCUGGGUGAUGACUCUCCCCUCCCCAUUUACCGCACCACCGGUGCCGCAGCCCUGCGGCGCUGCCGGGCUUUCCCGGCGGCGGAGGAUUCCCUGGGGAAGCUGGAUGGGAAUCGGCCAGGGGAAGGUGAAGGAGCAGGUGCCGGCCUCGUGCGCUCCUCCAGCCUGCGGAGCAUGGCCUCAGAGCCGGCUCGCUCUCCAGUGCUGAAAAGAGCAUCAAAGUUCGGCUCCUAUGACUCCCUCCUGCAAAGCUUCGACGGCUCCAGCCGCCGGCCGAGCUCCCCGGCUGUGGGGAUGGAUGUGCUGGGCACGCCGCGAACGAGCUCCUGGAGAAGCUACUUGGAGCCGUCGAUGGAAGACGUGGAGGUGGGAAUGGGCUCCGGGGGGCUCCUGAGCUCGGCAUCCAGUGAGGGGAAGGGGAGUGAUCCCUUCAGCUGGCGAAUACCCACCCUCAACUAUGAGAGGAGAACCAACGUCGACUUUGACGACUUCCUCCCGGCCAUUCGCAAAUCCCGCUCCACCAGCAGCCUGGCCAAGCCCGGGAGGGACAGAAGGGACGGCCACCGGCCCCUCACCGUCCGCUUCGAGGAUGAGGCCAUAGCGGGCAGCUCAGCGUCUUCCGAGACGAAGGCCAAGCACAGCCCAGUCCCCCGGGAGGACCCUGGGGACCUCUCCGACUCCUCCUCAUCCUCUGGCUCACUCGUCUCCUCCCGGAGCGCUGACAGCAUCAAGCGCCGGCCGCAGCCCCAGAGAGGGGACGGGGAGGGGUGCAGCGGCAAAGCCGGCACCCAGGGCACCGGGGCAAGCCACCGGGCAGAGGCAGAAGGGAAGGAAGAUGAUGUCAACAGCAUCAUGAGGAAAUAUCUGGGAAAAGAUUAAGGUAACCAAGCUCGGCUGACCGGCGGCUGGCUCAGAGCAGCGGUGGCAGGUUUUAGGCGCUGGCCCUCAGCCGCUGCCCCUCCAGCCCACACGGUGCCCGCACCGAUGCCGUGGGGUGCGUGGGGACAGGGUGUCCGGGGCCAGCGGGGCUCCCCGCGCUCCCCCCUGUCACACCGGAGCAGCCCAGGGGAGGGGAGGCACUGGCCUGGCUUCAGGCCCAAUGCCCGGCUGUGCUCCCCCCGCUGCGGCAGCCGGGACGGUGCCAGGGCUGCCCCGCGGGCUGUGCAGCACUGGGGACCAGCCCCCCCUUGCCCUCUCCUUGCCCCCUUUGGAGCUGCAGGGGGGUGGGCAAUGGGGACGGUGCCGGGGACAGCCCCAGAGCCGGCCACACCACCAGCUCCGAGUCUACUGCAUUCCCCGGCCUCCUAGUUUCCUGAAAAUAGCGUUGCCCAGCUCCUACCAGGCAGGCGCAUCCCCCCGAGCCCCGCUGAGCUGCCCCAGCUCGUUGGUUAAUUUGGAAUUUGCUUUGGCUGGGCGCGGGAGGUCACCCCCUCCAGAGGAGCGGGGUCCCGCCCGGGUCAGGCGAGCUUCCCCCAGUUAGCAACUGCCUCUGACACCCACUUGGAGCCAACGGCUGUAUUGCAACCGACACUUCGAGAAUUAGGAUUUAUUACUGCAAUCCAGGUUUGAAAGCAAAGUCCCUAAUGAAUGCGCCGCAACUGUAAUUAAGUGUUUAAAAUAGAUUAGAAAAAACAUUUUGUAAAACCAUUGCCUUUAGACUAACUUACUGGAUGUCAAGCUGUGACCAAAUUGACUAAGCCAACACAAGAAGGGAGCGCGUGUUAAUAAAACAUUUCUUUCCAGGAAGCACAAUUUGCAUAAUGAAACGUCCCGCUUUCUCCAGACUUUGUUUCGAUGAAGCGCAGCGCCUGGCCUCGGCGCUCCACCGAGCCAGGAGCCGCGGCCGGGCAAUCUGCUUCCCCGAUCCUCCGCCCCAUCGGGGACGCGGCCUUUAAACGGAGACUUGAAAGCGGCUCCCCAAAAGUCAUGGGAUGGUUUUACAGAUGAUGAGACUUCUUUUGUUUUUAAAUUAAACAUACCGUGGUGUCUUUAUGCUCCUGCCCUGUUCCCCACCGCCGCAGCUUUGCUCAGGGCCAGCCGCGGGGACGAGGGACUUCCUUGUUCUCCUGCAGUCGUUUGACUCGGGAGUUGGUGCUGUAAUUAAAACCCAGCGGCUGCCACAGAUGCCUCGUGACAAGCCACGCUGCCCGGGGGAAGGCCACGCUGCAAAGAGCUUCAGGAACACCAAACCUUUCGAAGCCAGAAGGCGCAGCCCGGAUCUCUCAUCCCACGCAGUGCUGCUCAGAAAUCAGCCGAGCGGCCGAAGGAUGCUUUUGGGUCUCGGCGUGACACCCAGCAACAGCGGAGUUGGCGGGUCAGCCAAACCGAGCUGCACGUUCCAGAAAUCUCUCUUUAUACGCUUUUAUUUUUUUUCAGUUUCCAGGGGCUGAGACUUUCUCUGAAGCUUUUAUAAUUCCGCAGAUACUUGAAGACAGAUCUGUACGUGGUUUCAGAGCUCCUGCCCCUUGGGCACAUCCCAGUGGCGUGCAAGGCAGCGCUGCGGCGCGUGUGGCAAUGGGAGGCUGUAGUCGGAUGUCUGCUUGGUUUUUACACAAUAAAA